CCACGCUCACAUUCAACAGGAUGCGAAUGGAAACUAUACUUCGCAUCUUGCCAUCUUUACCGAAAUAGUGGCGUGCACUCAAAACUAAAAUUCUAAAUGGGAUGCGCUCAGGCGACUGCGGUGGAGUCGAAGUUGACAGGUCGUCUUCAAAGUUGAGAGUAUUUUUACUGGCGUUUUGUGGAGAGGUGCGUUGCGCGCAGUGGUGCGGCUAUCUACUCUGUUUCUCCAAACAUUUCAAGGACACAGCCUGAAAAAACGACUUGUUCCACAGUAGGAAGUGAACAUAGAAGUCAGAAUGGCAGUUGUGGCACUCAAUGGAUCGAACAUAACUACGGGGAACUUUACGAAUCAAUUUGUUCAGCCGCCUUGGCGCAUUGCCCUGUGGUCGGUCGCCUACAGCUCCGUUUUGGCGGUGGCUGUGUUCGGAAACCUCAUUGUCAUAUGGAUAAUUCUCGCCCACAAACGAAUGCGGACAGUCACCAACUAUUUCCUUUUGAACUUGGCAUUUUCGGACGCAUCUAUGGCCGCCUUCAACACUUUAAUUAAUUUCAUAUACGCUGCCCACGGAGACUGGUACUUCGGAGAGGCUUAUUGCAGGUUUCAAAACUUUUUCCCCGUCACCUCCGUGUUCGCAAGCAUCUAUUCGAUGACUGCAAUUGCCGUUGAUAGGUACAUGGCCAUCAUCCACCCUCUGAAGCCCCGGUUGUCGGCUACAGCCACCAAGGUGGUGAUCAUGUGUAUCUGGGCGCUGGCCGUGGUGCUGGCCUUCCCACUCUGCUUCUACUCCACCAUCCGCAUCCUGCCCCGCCGGACCAUCUGCUACGUGGCCUGGCCCCGCAAGGAGGACGACCCCUUCAUGUUUCAUAUCAUUGUGAUGGUACUGGUCUACCUGCUGCCCCUAAUGGUAAUGGGAAUCACCUACACCAUCGUCGGGGUGACUCUGUGGGGGGGAGAGAUCCCAGGGGAUUCAUCUGACAACUACCACGGCCAGCUCCGGGCCAAGAGGAAGGUGGUCAAGAUGAUGAUCAUCGUGGUGGUGACCUUCGCCCUCUGCUGGCUGCCGUACCACGUCUACUUCAUCGUGACGGGCCUCAACAAGGCUCUGAUGAGGUGGAAGUCCAUCCAGCAGGUCUACCUGUCAGUGCUGUGGCUGGCCAUGAGCUCCACCAUGUACAACCCCAUCAUCUACUGCUGCCUCAACAGCAGGUAA